UGUGUUGUACAAGUAUGUGUGGAACAUACAAUUUAUGUGUGGAAACAUUUAUAACCAGCAAAAGAAAAUGUGUAGCGCAUAGCGUUUCUCUUGAAUUUAAUUACGGUUGACAAAAUCUCAUAUUAAAGCAAUUUUUCUAUAGUAAUGUUGUACAAAACAUGACUAAAAGAUAGAAGACUUUUUGCCGAGAUAAAUAUUAGAGCUCUAAAAUGUUGAUGGAACUAUGUGCUGCGAGUCAUCAUGAGUAAUUGAAGGCAGAGAAUAAGCGAAACAAUAAAUGAAAGUAUGAGCAAAAUGAGUAAGUUGAAUGAUGCGAAGGGAACCACGAGUAAAACAGUAAAUUUUUUGAGCAUCCCUUAUGUGAUGUUAACUCGCUCCGUUCAAGAUUCUGCGCACUGACGCUUUCACGCGCGAAUAGUAUUACCAACACACUUUUAUGUAGCAUUCUCAAUUCCAUGUAGUGAGAAGCUAAACAAUAGUAAUGAAAAUAGAAAGUGUAAAUUUAGAGACUUAUCAACAAUCUAGUGUAGAGAUUUAAAGUGUGCUUCUAUUGCAACACAACAUGAGAUAAAAGUUAAAGAAGUUAACAGCAAAUCAUUAGCAAAAAAUUACACGUAUUCCAUAGUGAACAUUACUUUCCAUACAUUACUGGUGUUGAUGUAGGCUCUUCUGAUAGUGUAGAUAUGUAAUGUUUGAUUGAACUACACUAUAAUGCCCUAAAUGUUAGAAAUUGGAUUAGCACUUUAAAGAAACGAUAUGAUACGCGUGUGAUGUGGUGCGAAAUAGCUGCAAAAGGUUUCGAAAAAACAUUCUUCUUAGUUGGUGGAGUUGCUUGUACCAACAUCGCUUGUUCUUAUCCUAGCUUGCAACGAGUAUUGCAAUGCCGAAUGUAGAAAGCACGGUCAAAUCAUCAGCGCCAUUCAUCAUUUAAAGAAUUUCCUUACUGUGCAAGUAAUCAUUCUAUUGUAUGAGCCUUGAUAUAUAAGCUGUUACGGCUUAUGAAAUUGAUGAGCUGUUUGCAGAAGAAAUGCUUUGUGAAAUAAGAAAAACCCCGUGCUGAGAUAAGGUUGAAAAGAUGGAUGGAACACUAAGACAGAGGUUUGCUGAGCAAAUGCUACAAACCGUUCCUCAUAAUGAGAAAAAUAAACAUUAAUGGAAACGAGCGUACAGCCUUGUUUCAUGCAUUUUGUGCUGAAAUAGUAGUAACAGUUAGCAAAUAUAGCUUUAGAUAACAUGGAUCCUCCGCCAGACUUAGCAGAACAUCAUCAUUCAAAAAGCCUUUCAACAGGCUUUCCAAUUGGAGAUCUUCUGGUUAAUAUUUCGAAUUCAAACCAAGGACGAAAUAAGAACAAGCUUAAGGAUGUGUUUUCAUCGGGAAACAAAUUGAUCGGUGCAAUUCAUACUUCCGACGCUUCGUAUUCCUUAGCACCUCGGAUAUCUCCGGAACGUAGCGAACAACAGCCUGAGCAGCAUAAUCAAUUUCUUGGCAUAUUGAACAAACCAUUUUCACGCAACAAAUCGUUGGGAACAAAAAAGUGGAUCGAAAGUGAAGACACUGGUUCCGCUGAAAAACGUGUGCCAAAUCGUUCAGGUGUUAGUGAAUCGGCCGGUGGAAAAGUGAGAGCCCUUCGUCCGCAUAAGAAAAGCUCAUCGCGUUCAUUUUUUCUCAAGCGGCAACAUUCUUUGUCCGAUGUAUGGCAAACCACUUUGCGAUCGACAACGGCAAUGACUCAAGCAGCGGCAAAAAUGGAUGACACCGAAAUAGUAAAUAGUGCAGUGCGUGGCGAUAUUGGUAUGGGUGGUGGUACUAAUCACAAUAUCACCGGAAUUGGGUUGACCGAUGGACAGAUGGGUGGUGGCGGCACUGGCGCUGGAUCGGAACCGGCGGGAGCAACAGGUGGCGGAGCAAUCAAUAUAGGCGGAACCACCAUACCGAUUGCACCAAAGAAACCUACCAGACGAGCAGGGGUAAAGCCUCAGCCUGAUCGACCCAUGCGAGCAUUGUUCUGUCUGACUCGGACUAACCCUUUGCGGAAAUUAUGCAUCGCUAUAGUAGAAUGGAAGCCCUUCGAAUACUUGAUCCUGCUGACCAUCUUUGCCAACUGUGUUGCCUUAGCUGUAUACACCCCUUUUCCAAACAGUGAUUCCAAUAGCACAAAUGCAGCGCUGGAAAAGAUCGAGUAUAUAUUUUUAGUGAUUUUUACAGCGGAGUGUAUAAUGAAGUUGAUCGCUUACGGGUUCAUACUGCAUCCAGGAUCGUACUUACGUAAUGGAUGGAAUAUACUUGAUUUUACCAUUGUUGUUAUAGGAAUGAUAUCUACUGCACUUUCCAAUCUAAUGAAGGAGGGAUUUGAUGUAAAAGCUCUCCGUGCGUUUCGUGUUCUUCGACCAUUACGUUUAGUAUCGGGAGUACCUAGUUUGCAAGUCGUUCUGAAUUCCAUCUUACGUGCCAUGGUGCCUUUGCUACACAUAGCCCUAUUGGUGUUGUUUGUGAUAAUCAUCUACGCUAUCAUUGGACUCGAGCUUUUCUCCGGAAAACUACACAAAUCCUGCUUCCACAACGAGACCGGAGAGAUAAUGGAUGAUCCUCAUCCAUGUGGAGAAGACGGCUUUCAUUGUGACACCAUAUCGCCGGAAAUGGUAUGCCGAUAUUACUGGGAAGGACCUAAUUUUGGAAUCACCAACUUCGACAACUUCGGUCUUUCGAUGCUAACGGUUUUCCAAUGCGUUACACUAGAAGGCUGGACGGAUAUGCUUUAUUAUAUUGAAGAUGCUAUGGGUAGCAGUUGGCAAUGGGUGUACUUUAUUUCAAUGGUCAUUCUUGGUGCGUUCUUCGUGAUGAACCUAAUUCUUGGUGUGUUGAGUGGUGAAUUUUCUAAAGAACGUACGAAGGCCAAAAACCGUGGAGAUUUCCAAAAGCUACGAGAAAAACAGCAGAUCGAAGAAGACCUUCGCGGAUACCUAGACUGGAUUACGCAAGCUGAGGACAUUGAUCCGGACAAUGAUGCAAGCGGAAUGCCCGAAGGAAAGAUGAAAAAUACAAUCGAACUGGAUUCCUCGGACAAUGUUGGGGAAGAUGGAGAAGUGCAGCAUGAAUCCUGGUUUGCCAGGAAACGGAAAUCGAUCGAUCGUGUCAAUCGACGACUGCGGCGAGCCUGUCGUAAAGCAGUGAAGUCGCAAGCAUUCUAUUGGCUUAUAAUCAUAUUGGUGUUUUUAAAUACCGGCGUGUUAGCUACUGAACACUAUCGGCAGCCACCCUGGUUGGAUGAUUUCCAAGAGUACACAAACAUGUUUUUCGUGGCAUUAUUUACUAUGGAAAUGCUACUGAAAAUGUACAGCUUAGGUUUUCAGGGAUACUUUGUGUCUUUAUUCAAUCGGUUCGACUGUUUUGUCGUGAUCGGUAGCAUAGGUGAGAUGAUAUUAACAAGCACUCAAAUCAUGCCUCCUCUCGGGGUAUCCGUCCUGCGGUGCGUCCGAUUACUACGUGUGUUCAAAGUGACUAAGUACUGGCAAUCGCUGUCGAAUUUAGUAGCAUCUUUAUUGAACUCCAUUCAAUCCAUUGCAUCACUCUUGCUACUGCUGUUCUUGUUUAUCGUUAUAUUUGCAUUGCUGGGCAUGCAAGUGUUUGGAGGAAAGUUUAAUUUUAACAGUUCAAUCGAUAAACCGCGUUCAAAUUUCGACAGCUUCGUUCAAAGCUUGUUGACGGUAUUUCAGAUACUGACUGGCGAAGAUUGGAACGCAGUAAUGUAUGAUGGAAUUCAAGCAUAUGGAGGAGUGGCCUCUCUUGGAAUUAUUGCAAGCAUUUAUUUCAUCAUUCUGUUCAUUUGCGGCAACUAUAUUUUGUUAAAUGUUUUCUUGGCCAUUGCUGUGGAUAACUUAGCAGAUGCGGACUCACUAACAACUGUGGAAAAGGAAGAAGGAGAAAAUGCCGAGGGCGAGGAGGAAAAGUUAUCUCAUGAACCAACUCCAACAGAGCACGGUGAUGAUGGGUUUAUGGAGCACGAUAAAGACAAUCUGGAUUCUGAUAAUGAUCCUAUGAACAUAUCUGAUGAAUAUGAUGGACAUGAUUCGGAUUCCAAAACACCUGUUGCAGAAGACGACGAAGGAUAUGAAGAGCAAGACACUCCAGGUGAGACAUUUGAUGAGCCUCCUACUGCUUCAGCUCGUCCACGUCGCUUAUCGGAAUUAAGUGUGAAGAAAUCGAAAAAACCCAUUCCAAAAUCGAACGCUCUGCUCAUUUUCUCUCCUACGAACAGAUUUCGCAUAUUUUGCCAUUGGUUAUGCAAUCAUAGCACAUUCGGCAACAUUAUUCUCGUAUGUAUCAUGUUUUCAUCAGCCAUGUUGGCGGCUGAGGACCCCCUUAAUGCGAACAGUGAGAGGAAUCAGAUAUUGAACUAUUUCGACUACUUCUUUACAUCGGUAUUCACAAUCGAGCUGCUGUUGAAGCUGGUUUCAUACGGGUUUCUGUUCCAUGACGGGGCAUUCUGUCGAUCAGCAUUUAAUUUGCUGGAUCUGUUAGUCGUAUGUGUGUCACUGAUAUCAAUGUUCUUCAGUUCUGGUGCCAUCUCUGUGAUAAAAAUACUUCGAGUACUUCGUGUUCUCCGACCAUUACGUGCAAUUAAUCGUGCAAAAGGAUUGAAGCAUGUUGUGCAAUGCGUUAUAGUAGCAGUAAAGACCAUCGGCAAUAUUGUACUGGUCACUUGCUUGCUACAGUUUAUGUUCGCCGUAAUUGGAGUGCAGUUGUAUAAGUACGUAGUAAAAUGUGUGAUAGUUGCCAUCAAAACGAUCGGCAACAUUAUGCUAGUGACGUACCUCUUGCAGUUUAUGUUUGCUGUGAUUGGAGUACAAUUGUUUAAGGGAAAAUUCUUUUCAUGCUCUGAUGGCUCGAAAAUGCAAGAAUCAGAAUGCCAUGGCACUUAUCUGGUAUAUGAAGAUGGCAACGUAGAUAAGCCUGUAUCAAAAGAAAGAUAUUGGUCUAGAAAUCGUUUCCACUUUGAUGACGUUUCGAAAGCCAUGCUGACUCUCUUCACUGUAUCUACUUUUGAAGGAUGGCCUGGGUUAUUGUAUGUGUCGAUCGACUCCCACGAAGAAGAUUCCGGACCAAUUCACAAUUUCCGCCCAAUAGUUGCGGCAUACUACAUAAUAUACAUCAUCAUAAUAGCAUUCUUCAUGGUAAACAUCUUUGUCGGUUUCGUUAUCGUCACAUUCCAAAAUGAAGGCGAACAGGAGUAUAAAAACUGCGAUCUGGAUAAAAAUCAACGUAAUUGCAUAGAAUUUGCGUUGAAGGCGAAACCGAUACGGCGCUACAUACCGAAACACAGGAUACAAUACAAAGUGUGGUGGUUCGUUACAUCACAACCAUUUGAGUAUAUGAUAUUUAUACUGAUCAUGAUCAACACAAUAACCCUUUCGAUGAAAUUUUAUCGUCAACCAGAGAUUUAUACAGAAGUUCUUGAUUUGUUAAACCUAAUCUUCACGGCGGUAUUUGCACUGGAGUUCGUUUUUAAAUUGGCAGCAUUCAGGUUUAAGAACUAUUUUGGAGAUGCAUGGAACGUGUUCGAUUUUAUAAUUGUACUCGGUAGUUUCAUCGAUAUCGUAUAUUCAGAAGUUAACAUUAGUAAAGGAAUGAAGGGAGGAUCUAGUAUUAUUUCCAUAAACUUUUUCCGACUUUUUCGUGUAAUGCGGUUGGUAAAACUGUUGGCCAGAGGUGAAGGAAUUCGUACACUUUUGUGGACCUUUAUCAAAUCUUUUCAAGCACUGCCGUAUGUUGCAUUACUGAUAGUGAUGUUGUUUUUCAUCUACGCUGUAAUUGGUAUGCAGGUGUUUGGAAAAAUAGCUAUGGACGAUGACACAUCGAUACAUCGAAACAAUAACUUUCAAACCUUUCCACAAGCGGUAUUGGUUCUAUUUCGAUCAGCCACCGGUGAAGCUUGGCAGGACAUUAUGCUGGAUUGUUCUGCUCGUCCAGGGGAGGUGAACUGUGAUGCAAAAUCGGAUGAUGCAGGCUCUCCCGAAGGAUGCGGCUCAAGCAUUGCGUUCCCAUACUUCAUCUCAUUUUACGUCCUUUGUUCGUUCCUAAUCAUAAAUCUGUUUGUGGCGGUCAUCAUGGAUAACUUUGAUUAUCUUACGCGAGAUUGGUCCAUACUGGGUCCCCACCAUCUUGACGAGUUUGUACGGCUGUGGAGCGAAUACGAUCCUGAUGCGAAAGGCCGCAUCAAGCAUCUCGAUGUGGUGACACUGUUGCGCAAAAUAUCACCACCACUCGGGUUCGGUAAGCUAUGUCCGCACCGAGUCGCUUGUAAACGACUUGUAUCGAUGAAUAUGCCACUAAACAGUGAUGGUACGGUGCUGUUUAAUGCGACACUGUUCGCUGUGGUGCGCACCUCGUUGAAAAUCAAAACCGAGGGCAACAUCGACGAUGCGAAUGCAGAAUUGCGGAACACAAUCAAGCAGAUUUGGAAGCGAACAAAUCCGAAACUGUUGGAUCAGGUCGUUCCUCCGCCGGGAGUCGAUGAUGAGGUAACCGUAGGUAAAUUUUAUGCAACGUUUUUGAUACAAGAUUACUUCAGACGGUUCAAAAAGCGCAAAGAAAACGAUAAUAAGCUCAACAGCGAUCAGAACAAACGGCGCACUAUGACCCUACAGGCUGGAUUGAGAACAUUACAUGAAGCGGGUCCCGAACUGAAACGAGCUAUCUCGGGGAACCUAGAGGAAAUUGGUGAUGACAAUCCGGAACCAUCGCAUCGGCGUAACCAUACUCUCUUUGGUAAUGUUUGGUCGUCCAUUCGACGUCCGGGUCCGUUUGGAUCUAAACAAAAAUGGAGCUCAAACAACAAUAAAAUGUCUGCCACAUCCAUGGCCGCCUCUGCUGCUAUGCAUACAGUUUUAACAGGACCUAACGAUGGGUCAAGCCAAACAGAUAUAAAGCCAAAGCUGAACUGUGUGAACAGUUCUAACACUUACAAUCAUGUAGCUGAAAGCAUUCUGCAUGCCGUGCAUGAUGAGCCACUAGGACGAAGCUUCGGCAAUGGGUUUGGUGCGGGUAGCGCAGGAAAUCCGGGUGACAUUCCGCUUCGCCCACUCGUUUUAGAUGAUUCGUCCAACCUGAAAAGAAUGACUGCCAAUGCUACUAGUAUUAACAUCGGCACGCACAACAAAUCGAACUUGAAAAUGAUUGAUAAUCAGGUAGCUAAUUUCGAAGAAGAUCGUCUUAUCCACUCAACGCCGAGUAGUCCUCAAGAAACCCAUAAAUUAACGGGCGAAGUUAUCGGGUCAGCCGAAAGUCUCGUGGGUAGGGUACUAGCGCAACAGGGACUGGGUAAAUAUUGUGAUCUUGAUUUAGUACAUUGUGCUCAAAUGGAAAUGCAAGAAGCGCUAGACAUGACGCAGGAAGAAAUGGAUUUAGCGGCUCACGAGCUGAUGCUGGAAGAGCGUUUUAACAGAAAAAACGGAGCACCUCUGAAAGGCCAACCGAAGCGCGGAACCAACACUAGGAACAAUAAGAAUCAACAACCGCUUUUAUAGCACCAAACUAGCUUAAUAAGCCUAGUCGUCGCCGUAGGCGGAUAUCUUUUAUAUAAAAAUAAUAGCUCUCAUUUUCUCAUUAAAUGCUAGCCCCUAGAAAGAUGUUACAUUUUUUUUAGGUUGAAUUCAAUUUUUUUUGACACUAAAGUUAACACCCACUAUUAGCCUGCGAUUUAUCCAGACAUCCAGCAACACAAAGCGCACAACAGUUCAGUUUAAAACAUUUUCAUGAAGAAACUGAACGUAUCAAGUUGUUCCUUGGUAGUUGUUCUACUACCAAGGAUCGCGAAUUAAUUAUUUGUGCCAUCAUCAACAAGAAAUAAACGCAUAACUACUUGGAAUAAAA